GAAACCGUCUGGGCGUCACGUUGUCAAGUGGAUUUAUCAGCUGAAGAUCAACGUGGUUGAUACACGACUGGUGACAUUUAUAUCAUCAAAGAUGCCGACCGAACAAGAUCUAUACAAUGUUAUUGACACCAAUGAACCAUGGAAGGGAAGAAUGCUAUUUACAGGUCCUGAUGCUACUAAAGAUCACUUGAUGACUGUCGAGCAGGAGCACAGACAGGUCGGUAUAGGGACCAUGUCCAGAGAAGGAACAAGUGAGACUGAUUACCUAUGGAGACCUGCAACUGGUACACCUUUCCACAGACCCAGAACUAGUAAAGUUGGUGAAGUUGGCUGGGGAAUACCUAAAAGCACCGACUGGAAAGUGUCUCGAACAGGGAAACAGAUAAUGCUCGGAGAAUUUCGGCAAGCCUGUGAAGACCGACACUCACAUCUAUACCAAAAUGCAUGGUUUCCAGGUCCAAAAGAUGAGAUUCCUGAAUCAACCGAUGCUGCUUUAAUAAUGAACGUCUAUAGACCAAAAACAACAGAACAGCAUAACACAGAGCCAGAGACAUCAGAUACUAACACCAGUACUCAAUGAUCAGUUGUGGAUAUAGAAGGUAUAAAAGUCCGUGAAGAGAAACGUUCAGUGCAAUAGUUCACAAGAUCUUCAAAGCCGCACCAGUAUUAUAUAGAAACCCAAUGCCUCAAUUCUUGCACCAGUGCUUCAUAUUAUAGUUGUUCUUUGUUGUACUUUGUACUAAAUAAGUAUCUAAGAUACCUGUAGAUUUCAAACCAUAGUCUUUCAGUUCGUCAGUAUUUCACUUGUUUUUGUAGCUUUACUUUAUUGUUUAAUAUAUGUGUUAAAUAAAUCAUAAAGAUGGUUGAUGAGGAAGAAAAAAGUUCGGAUUUAAAACAACUGCAUACAAAAUCAAAUACUUGAUCAGUAAUUAUUUCAAGGAAACAUACCAGUGCAAUAUUAAGGGUUAUCUGUUACUCUCCCACACAGAGAAACAGUUCCUGAGUCUAUAUAGAAUUCUUUCAUCCUAGAUACAAACUAGCUAAUUUCUGGGCUACAGACUGCCCUCAAGCUCGUUAUUUAGUUUUUUUAGACACGAAUCUAUUGAUCCCAUUGAAAAAAGGUAACAGGAACACAAGUCCGUUAAAAGACAUUUCGUUGAAAUAAUUUUAACCAAAAAUGUUUUUAAAAGAGUAAUAACAUCUGUAGCAAGAAGUUAGAAUUGUAAUGCCAUUCAAGUAAGUCAGCUAUUUACUAUGUGUGCAGUUUUAGAAAAUUAGAAAUACGAAAAAUGGUGUUUCCGAAUGCAGAUCGUGACAUGAAAUUUUUGAUACAUUACAUUCGUUGCUAGUAACUUUACUACAUACAUUUUAAUAAUAGAAUAAAUGAUACUAUUUCGUUAAAAUCCGCUUUUUGAUAAUGAUUUCUUACUGCAUAAAACAUUUUACCCGUUCAACAGACAGAUCUCCCUGCAGGUAGUCACAAUGUUAACCUACCGAAUUCUAGUGGUUUUAGUAAAUUGCUUUUAGAGAUGAUCAGAAUUGUUUUGUUGUUGUGUAAAAGUGUUAUCUAUCUAACACUAAAUGCUCAAUUGUUAAGAAUUUUGCUCAUAUGAUUGGUACUAGGUUUUUUAACAGUUGUUAUCGUGCGUGAUUAUAUACAGUAUUAUUUUGAACACUAUAUAAAACGUUACAACUAAA